UAAUUUUAGAAAUCGCUUAUUGAGCUCUGGUGACACGGAUCCCAUCGGUGGACUCAAUUUAUUCACAGUCAACGAUCCAAUAUGGUCAACCAUGCGUCGACAUUUGAGCAGCGCGUUCACAGCAGCCAAGCUCAGGAUUGUUCAAGACUACACACGAACCAAGGCCAAGGAGUUGGUUCAAAGGAUCCACAAUGACCGAAACGUUAAAAUUGACCUCAAGCAAAUGCUCGUCGAUUACACAACUGACGUGAUUGGUACUUCUGCGUUCGGCGUUAAAAGCGACGCGACCCUCACAGGGGGUGGACCUUUAAGGGAUAUUACAAGGGAACUCUCAAAAUACAGCCUCUAUAGGGGCAUACAGUGGUGUUGCAUAUUCUUCUUCCCAGAGCUAGUCGAUGUUUUUAGAUUUAAAUUUUUCCCACGAUCUUCAAUGGAGUAUUUUGAGAAAAUAUUCCAUUCAGUGGCGGCGCAGAGAAAAGCAAACGAGAGGUACAAGGAGCCCAGAGAUUUACUAGACAUUCUUAUAAAAAUUCAAGAAGAAAAUCAAUCUUACAGUGAUAAGUUGAUAAUAGCACAAGCGGCUAUUUUUUUGCUCGGUGGGUUCGAGACUUCGGCAACAAACAUGACAUUCAUAUUGUAUGAACUGGCCUACAAUCAGGAUAUACAGGAGAAACUGUACCAAGAACUAGCGGAAGCUGCGGAGCGUAAUGGAAGUGAAGAUUUCGAUAUUAAAGUACUUUCAGAUCUAACGUACCUCGAAUGUGUUUUUAAAGAAGGCCUUCGAAAAUAUACAACAAUGGGCUGGCUCGAUAGAAUAGCUAUGAAUGACUAUAAAGUAGAUGAUAAAUUGACUAUAGAAGCUGGUACAGUGGUGUACAUCAAUAGUACUGGGAUGCACUACGACCCGAAGUACUUCCCUGACCCUCACAAGUUUGAUCCUGACAGAUUUCUACCAGAAAAUAAAGACAAAAUUGUACCACAUUCCUACUUGCCGUUUGGAGAGGGACCCAGGUUUUGCGUCGGAAAGAGAUUCGCCUUGACGACAGUGUAUUUCGGUCUAGCCUCCAUAUUGCUCAAUUACAAGCUCCGACCUUGUCCCAACAUGCCUAGACCUUCAGAUAUUAAAAUCGACUACAGAGGAAUUCUGUAUUUGCCAGGAGAGACACUAAAUGUGGAAUUUAUACCCAGAAAAUAAUUAUAAUAAAAUGAAUUUCCUCGUGUCA